AUGUCACUGAAGUUCCCUAUACUGGCUUCCAAAGGUUUUACAGACGCCAUUGGUAACACACCUUUGAUUAGACUAAAUAAGUUGUCUAAGGAACUUGGACGUAAUGUCUGGGGGAAAGCUGAAUUCCAAAACCCAGGUGGAUCUGUUAAGGAUCGUGCUGCUCUAUAUUUGAUUAAGGAAGCUGAGGAGAAAGGUUUAGUGAGUCCUAAUAAGCCAAAUCCAACUAUUGUAGAAGGUUCUGCUGGUAAUACAGCCAUUGGUUUGGCUCACAUUGCUAGAGCUCGUGGUUACAGAUCGAUCUUUUACAUGCCCAAUACUCAGUCUGCAGCAAAGAUUAAUCUACUUAAGUUUUUAGGGUCUGAAGUUUAUCCAGUACCUGUUUGUCCUAUUACAGACCCAUUGAAUUUCAAUAAUAGAGCCAGAGAUCAUGCGGCCAAGUUGGAUAAUGCGGUUUGGACUGAUCAAUUCGAUAACCCAGCUAAUUGGAAAGCACACUACUAUACUACAGGUCCUGAAAUUUUACAACAAUUGGAAGCUAACGGGUUAAAAUGUGAUGGAUUUACUUGCUCUACUGGUACUGGUGGUACAUUCACUGGUAUUGCGCGCUAUCUGGAAGAACAAACCAAAGGAAAUUGUAGAUUGGCACCAUCAGAUCCCCCAGGUUCAGUUAUUUAUUCAUUUAUCAAGAAUGGUACUUUAGAGCGUGAAGGUGGUUCAUUCACAGAAGGUAUCGGUCAAGGCCGUAUUACAAAAAAUAUGGGAGCAUCUGUUGAUAUCGCUGAUGAUGCAAUUUUCGUCCCUGACAAAGAAAGCAUUGCCAUGGUUUACAGAUUAUUGGAUGAAGAAGGAUUAUACAUUGGCGGUACUUCCGCAUUGAACGUGGUAGGGGCUUGUAAAUUGGCAAAGGACUUACCAGAAAACUCAAAUGUGGUCACUAUUCUAGCGGAUUCUGGUCACAAAUACGCCGAAAGAGUUUUUUCCAAGAAAUGGUUACAAGAAAAGAACCUUUACGAUGCCAUCCCUCAACACCUGUUGAGAUAUGUGACUUUGGAAUAA